UUUUCAGGAAGUGGAGAAAUCAUGGUGCAGUAGAAGCUCCCGGCUAGCAUUCAGAUACAACAACUCAGAAAUGCAUGAAAAAAUGCCGAUAGAUUCCCCAUAAGUACGUUUUAAAUUCUGUUCACCAUGAAGACAAAUAAGACCUACAAGCUUGUGGUGCACAAGAAAGGCUUUGGGGGGAGUGAAGAUGAGUUGGUUGUGAACCCAAAAGUCUUCCCCCAAGCGAGUCUUGGAGAUAUCAUUGAGAUCGCACACCCAACAGACGAAUACAGUCCUCUCCUGCUGCAAGUGAAAAGCCUCAAAGUGGAUCUUCAAAAAGAAACCAUUAGUGUGGACCAGACUGUUGCACAAGCCUUCAAACUGCGAGCUUAUCAAGAUGUCAUUGUCAACAUCGUGGACCCCAAGGACGUGACCCUGGACCUUGUAGAGCUCACCUUCAAGGACCAGUACAUCGGGAGGGGAGACAUGUGGAGACUGAAGAAGAGUCUAGUGAGCACAUCAGUCUACGUGACCCAUAAAGUGGAGUUUGCCGGGAUCAGAGCCCAGGCCAGCGAGCUGUGGGUGAAAGGGGAGAAGGUCACCUGUGGAUACAUCAGUGAAGACACCAGGGUGGUGUUUAGGUCCACGUCUGCGAUGGUGUACAUCUUCAUCCAGAUGAGCUGGGAGAUGUGGGACUUUGACAUCUAUGGCGAUCUCUACUUUGAAAAGGCUGUCAGUGGUUUCCUGUCGGACCUUUUUGCCAAAUGGAAGGAGAAGAAUUGUAGCCAUGAAGUGACAGUAGUCCUUUUUUCCCGAACUUUCUACAACGCCAAAACUCUGGAGGAGUUCCCUGAUAUCCUGCGAGGGUCCAUUAGACAGGACCACGAGGGGCGCUUCUAUGAGGACUUCUACAGGGUGGUCGCUCAGAACGAGAGGCGUGACGAGUGGACCUCUCUGCUGGUGACCAUCAAGAAGCUCUUCAUCCAGUACCCAGUGCUGGUGCGCCUCAAAGGAGCAGAUGGCUUCCCCUCCGGGCAAAAUUCUACCGCUGCCCAGGGGAACUAUCUAGAAGCCAUCAACCUGUCCUUCAACGUCUUUGACAAGCACUACAUCAACCGUAAUUUCGACCGCACGGGCCAGAUGUCCGUGGUGAUCACUCCCGGGGUGGGAGUGUUUGAGGUGGACCGCCUUCUCAUGAUCCUCACCAAGCAACGCAUGAUCGACAACGGUAUUGGUGUGGACCUGGUCUGCAUGGGGGAGCAGCCUCUUCAUGCCGUGCCACUGUUCAAGCUUCACAACCGAACUGUUCCUGGAGACUCCAGACUGGGGGACGACUACAACCUGCCCCAUUGGAUCAACCACAGCUUCUACACGUCCAAGAGUCAGUCCUCCUGCAGCUCCUUCACCCCUCGCAUCAAGCUGGCCGGACGCAAAAUCCAGGCAGAGAGAUUCAGGAGCUGCAAAGACCACACUCUAGGAGCCCCGAAGGACUCAGAGAACAGCCUUCCCAUCCAAGUGGACUACGAUGCCCACGAUGCACUGGUGUUCAGACUUCCUGGACCGUCGAGAGCCCAGAGGAGCACAAACUUCAGGGCGGGCCGGGAGAGGGAGACGAGUGGGAGAAAGAGCUGGGGCUCGGCCGAGGCUGGCGCAGGGGGGGCCGGGGGGGCCUCGUCCCCCGGUCGCUCGGCUGGGGGGCCGGACGAGCAGAGGAGCGAGCAGAGGAGCGAGCAGAGAAGCCUGGCGUCUGACGACAGCCUGGGUCGCGUGUCCAGCAUCCUGCUGAUCCCCCGAGUGGCACCGGCUCAGUACGAGGUCAGCAGCUCACUGGGGUACACCAGCACCAGAGAGUUGCUGGAGAAGAUGAUGGAGUCCCAGCGGGACUCGAGUGCGCCGGGUCGCUUCACGGUGGGCAGCGCUGAGUCCACGCUGCACGUGCGCCCGGGCGGGUACACCCCCCAGCGGGCUCUCAUCAACCCCUUCGCCCCCUCGCGCAUGCCCAUGAAGCUCACCUCCAACCGCCGGCGCUGGAUGCACACCUUCCCAGUGGGGCCCUCUGGAGAGGCCAUCCAGAUCCACCACCAGACCCGUCAGAACAUGGCUGAGAUGCAGGGGAGUGAGCAGAGAGACCCCGCCCACACCUCCGCAGAGCUCCUGGAACUGGCCUAUCACGAGGCCACUGGCAGGCGGUCAACCUCACGACAGACAGGAGAGAACAGCCUCUACAUCAGUGGAGGGGUGGAGGAGUUUACUGGCAGUCCAACCAGCAGUAACAGCACGGGAACCCCUGUCAACCGUGGCUCAUCAUUUGAAGACGCCAGCUCUGACCCAAUGCCUAGUUUCUGCUGCACGGUGGGGGUGGACUGGAAGUCCCUGACCACCCCGGCCUGCCUGCCCCUCACCACCGACUACUUCCCCGACCGGCAGGCCCUGCAGAACGACUACACCGAGGGCUGUUACGACCUGCUGCCACACACCGACCUGGAGCGGCGUGAUGACGAGGCCCCGGUGAUGAGCGCCCCCCAAGUGUUUGAGGAGUUCAUCUGCCAGCGGCUGAUGCAGGGCUACCAGAUCAUAGUGCAGCCCAAUGUCAGGAAGUCCCAGCCCGCCGUGGCUCCGCCUGCCGUGGCCCCGCCCCACAGCAGCAGUCCCCUCUACUCCAGAGGUCUAGUAUCCAGACCCAGCCCUGUGGAGGAAGAGAGUCAGUACUGGCUCAGUAUGGGACGGACCUUCCACAAAGUCUGUCUGAAGGACAAGAUCAUCACUGUCACCCGCUACCUGCCCAAGUAUCCGUACGAGUCAGCACAGAUUCAGUACAGCUACAGCCUGUGCCCCCCCCACUCUGAUGCCCACUUCCUGACCUGCUGGGUGGAGUUUGGUCACGAGAGGCUGGAGGAGUACAAGUGGAACUACCUGGACCAGUACAUCUGCUCGGCAGGCUCUGAGGACUUCAGUCUGAUCGACUCUCUGAAGUUCUGGCGGACACGCUUCCUGUUGCUCCCCGCGGGCGGAGCCCGGCGCGUUGCCGACGGCGAGGGCCACUGGGACGUGUACGGCGAGGGCGCGGGGACGAUGGCGGGCCGCGAGGGGAUGACCGGGGCGGGGGACUGGGCCCUGCUGGACGGCUUCAUACGCUUUCUGGAGGGGAUCAACCGCAUCCGGAGACGCCAUCGCUCCGACAGGAUCAUCAGGAAGAGCGGUCCUAUGAAGGGUCUCCAGAUGAGCGGGCCUCUCUCUCCAUUCCCCCCCGAGCCCGUAGCCCCUCCCCUGGGGAAGAAAGGCACUUCUGCCCUGUCCGCCCUGCUGGAGCUGGAGCAGAACCACAAGUCUCUGGAGGAACAGCAGCAGCAGCAGCAGGGCAAGCAGACCGCCGCCCCUGGCGACCCCGCCGCGGCGACCACGUAUGUGGACAGCCCGAGAAAGGACGCUGCCUUCAUUCUGGAUUUUAUCCGUAGCCCUCUCUCCUCCUACAUCAGUUACUCGCAGUUGCCAGCUGAUCCAGCAGAAGGUGCCCAGUCGGACGUGGGACCCGGCGGUGCCAUGGAAACCAGUGGUCAGUCGGACGGAGGGCCCUUCACUCUGACCUCCUGCUCCACACUUAUGGAGAUCCUGGAAGCCAUCAAACACCCUGCGACAGGUGUGCAGCUCCUACCUGAGCAGAAAGGACUGCCCCCUAACUGCUUUAUCAGCGCCGAGAUCGUCCAUUGGCUGGUCAACAACGUAGAGGGCGUGGCCACCCAGGUCAUGGCCGUGGAAAUCAUGCAGAAGAUGCUGGAAGAGGGGCUGGUGUCUCACGCGUCGGGCGACGCCAUGCGGACCUUCAUCUACGGCUUCUACUUCUACAGGAUCGUGGCAGAGAGAGAUGGCCCCUUCCCCCAGCCCCCCCCUCUCCCCGCGGCCGGGGGCUGGUCUGCGGCUGCCCUGGAGGACUUUGCCCUGUUCCAGAGGAAGUGGUUCGAGGUGGCCUUUGUUUUGGAGGAGCUCCGCCCCUGCGACCUGCCCGUCUUCCUGUUGCCAUGGCUGCCCAGCCGGCCGGCCUCGUACGCAAGUAGGCACAGUUCCUUCAGCCGCAGCUUCGGAGGACGCAGCCAGGCCGCCGCUCUGCUAGCUGCCACUGUUCCGGAACAGAAGACAGCCACCCUGGACGUGGACGUCAACAAUCGCAGCGACCGCACCGAGUGGUGCAGCUGUUAUUACCACGGCAACUUCUCUCUGAACGCCGCCUUUGAGGUCAAGCUCCACUGGAUGGCAGUCACUGCAGCCGUGCUCUUUGAGAUGGUCCAAGGCUGGCACAGGAAAGCAGCUUCCUGUGGCUUCCUGCUGGUGCCGGUCCUGGAGGUUCCCUUCGCGCUGCCCUCGUACCUGUACGGCGACCCGCUCCGAGCCCAGCUCUUCAUCCCUCUCCACAUCCUCAGUCUGCUCAAGAACGGCAGCGAUAACCUCUUCGAGGGUUUUGAGCCGGAGACAUACUGGGAACGAAUGCAGCUUUUUCAAGAGGCCAUACUUUACAGAUUUGGAUUUGUUCAAGACAAGUUUUCAGCCUCGGCUUUCAGUUUCCCUUCAGAGAACAAGCCCCAGUACAUACACGUCACAGGCACCGUGUUCCUCCAGCUUCCCUACUCCAAGAGAAAGUACUCCAGCAACCAGCAACGACGCCGACGCAACUCCACGGCUUCCGCGAGCCAGGGCCUGUUUGGCUGCGAGGAGCACGUGGGCUACCACUGGGCCUACAACACCAUGCUGACCAAGGCGUGGAGGACUGGCGUGCUGGGGGACGAGAGGCUGGCCGACCGCCUGCUACGAGACUUCACCGACUUCUGUGCCAACAAGGACAACAGGCUGGUCCAUUUUUGGGACGGUUGUCAGGAAAAGAUGAACGCCAGCGCUCCGUGAGAAAGGGACUCCGAUCCAAAGGACCCCGAUCCAAAGGACAUGAAAUGGGGUUAAAACUGAUAUGUAUAGACUACUGCCUGAUGAAAAAUAAUAAAUUAUUUAAUUGUAUAAUCCAUCGACUGUGAAACUGUCAUGGCAUGCAUGCAAAUGGAUGAUUUCAUGUCAGUUGACCUUAGUGGUAGGUAUCAUAGCCUUGAGCAUAGUAUGGUAGGCUAUCUUAAGGGUGCCCCUGUGAUGAAAAACGGGUUUCUUUACAUUUCCACGUACUUACAGGUGUCCGAUGGCCUGGACGAAUGCCAGUAUUAAUUAUGAGUGCGCGAGUUGAAGGGCGAGCACUGCUUCAGUUUAGCAAAGCUAAGCUACUGCACAUUGUAUGAUGGCAUGCGCCCUUUUCAGCGAGUCCGAGGUUACAUCUGUCGAUAACUGGUUAACAUUUAUGUCGCUCGCAAUCGGCAUGGCAUGCACUGACACCAGCUAUUAUAAUUUACAUGGGAAUUUAAAACCUAAGGGCAAACGUUUCAUUAUAGGUCCAUGUGGCAAGCCGCGAUUUUAUUGAGCGAUUUGUUUGCGAAGGCAAAGAGAAGUCACUCGCAUCCCUUCGCCCGAGCCUUCCACGCACUCGCGCCGUCAGAUGCUGCAACCGAGGAUGCAGCACGUCGCACUGCGCAGGCGCGAGCCCGCAGCAGUACUUGGCUAUUUAUAGAAAGUGACGUCACCAUGAAAUAUCAGCAGCGGCAGCCCUCGCCCCUCACACCCCCCUCUACCGACAAACUGGAUUGACAGGACGCUUGCAGCAGCACCCCAUGUAAAUAGCAGUGGGAGGCCGUAGUUGCUAGUCAGCCGUCGGGUGGAGAUAGAAAGCGUAAAGGCGUGGGCCGAGGACCGGAAGAACAGUUAACUAGAUAUCUACGGCAUAAACG